GCGGCGGCGGCGGCGCGGGCGGCAUGGACGACUUCUCCGACAUCUUCUCGACGUUUGGCGGUGCCGGUGGCCCGCGCGGUAGCAGAUCAUCGCGCAUGCGCAGCAGCGGGUUCGGCGACUCGCGGGGGGCGAGGGAAGCGACACCCGAGGUCACGACGGUGGAGCGGCCUCUCCCGCUCACGUUGGAGGAGCUGUUCCGUGGCGUGACGAAGAAGAUGAAGAUCAAGCGCAAGACCUUUGACGACACGGGCAAGAGGACGACGACUGAUACGGUUCUCGAGGUGCCCAUCAAGCCAGGUCUGAAGAAGGGUAGCAAGAUCAAGUUCAAGGGUGUUGGCGACCAGGAAGAGGGCGGCCAGCAGGACCUGCACUUCAUCUUGGAAGAGAAAGCUCACCCGCUAUUUGUGCGCGAAGACAACGACCUGGUACACACCGUCGAGCUGGACCUAAAGGAGGCCCUCACGGGGUGGAAGCGGACGGUGACGACGAUCGACGGCAAGCAGCUGAACCUCGAUAAGAACGGCCCCACACAGCCUGGCAGCUCCGAUCGGUAUCCCGGCCUGGGUAUGCCCAUUUCGAAGAAGCCCGGAACGAGGGGUGACUUUGUCAUCAAGUACAACGUCAAGUUCCCCACGAGCUUAACGCCGGCACAGAAGCAGCAGUUGAAGGAGAUCCUGUAAAGGGAACUCAGGAGUGAGGGAGAGGAGGGGGGUGCAGAGACGAUGCCAAGGCGACGCGGAAGUUGCGGCGGGGGUGUUAGACCGUAAACAACAUGGUCUUUUGGUUUGGCUGGCCGGGUAUGCUCAUCAUGAAUAGGAGUUUGGGGCGUGGUUGGGUUCUCUGCUUUUGUAAAGCCACAAAGGGUUGGCCUUCUUUUCCUUUUUGCCUUGUGAGCAUUGCGCAUUUCAUGAGCAGGCAACAUGAACUGAGUUGCUGGUGGGGGGUGAUGCCUGCGCAGAGGUACCUAGAUAUGAAA